AUGCCACCCCGCUAUACCCCAGAUCAACUAGAAGCCUACCUGCAGCGCAUCGGAUACGCAAACUCCACCGGCGGAACAGGACUCACCCGACUGCAACAACUUCACCAAUCUAUCCAAGAGGAUGCGUUGAGUGCUCUGGCAGACCUCCAACGCCGUCAUCUAGGCUCAAUCCCAUGGGGCAAUUCGGCUAUCCACUACUCGCAGCAUCACAGCAUCUCUACCCACCCAUCUGCGGUGUUUGAGAAGCUGGUUGUUCGCCGCCUGGAUGGAUAUUGCAUGGAGAACACCAACUUGUUCUAUGUUGUUCUCCUGUCGCUUGGCUACCAGGUUUAUCCUUCCGCGGGGAGAGUAUCGAGUGCAGCAGCAGAUCCUAAGAAUGCUGGGCCAGACGCUCGAUAUGGUGCUCUAGGACACAUGGUGAUUAUAGUAACAGUCGAUAACAAGAAAUAUAUGGUCGACGUGGGCUUCGGCAACAACGUGCCAACCAGGCCUCUGCCACUCGAAGAGAAUACCACUACAGUCAACAUUGCCCCGACGGAUAUGCGGCUGGUUAAAGAGGCUCUCCCAGAAGCAGUGGAUAAAAGCCAAAAGUUCUGGAUCUAUCAAAUUAGAUUUGAUCCUGAGAGCAAUUGGGCGCCGCUAUACGCAUUUUCUGAGGUCGAAUUCCUCCCCCAGGACUUUGGCGUGCUGAAUUUCGCAACCAACAAGCUGCCGAGUAGCUGGUUUACGCAGAAGGUUGUCACGGUUCAGCAUAUUCUUGACGCGGCAGGGAGUGAUAUUGAGGGGUUGUACAUUAUGGCCGGGAAGGAAGUGAAAGUGCGGACUAAUGGGAAGACAGAGGUUGUACAGGAGUUACAGAACGAGGAAGAUAGAGUGGGCGCUCUAGAGAAGUGGUUUGGCAUUAAACUCUUGGAUUAUGAAGCCGCAGGGAUCCAGGGCCUAGGGUCUGAGCUGAGAUAG